GCCCUAUCUAGACUUAAUGAGUAAACCUUAUGUUAACUGUUAUGUCCCAUAGGAAACAAGGCGCUGACCGCGAAAUGUGAAAUGCAUUUAUACUUAAAUGAGCACGAACGUCGUGGAAAUCUUAUUUUGCUAGUGUUAGAAUAUUCAAGAUAAUAAUGAGUUGGGAAAUCAGCUGUGCCGAUAUGUGUCGAGCUUGUAUGAAAGUUGACGGCGUUCUUCUCCCUAUGUAUGACGACGACACGAUUAGUCAGAAAAAUUUGCCCGAUAAGCUCGCAGAACUUGCAUCGAUACAGAUUGAUAGGUUUGAUGGAUUACCAAAUAUGCUUUGUGCAAAGUGUGCUUAUCGCACAGAUGCAUUUUACAGCUUUAAGCUGCAAGUCCAAGCUACUGAAAAGAAACUUCGUAAAAUGUUUGAAACCCAAAUCCGUUAUAACAUAAAGGAGGAGCCAAUGGGCAAUGACUUUGAACAGGCUGGCUCAGAACAAUCGGACGAAUUAUUAGAAAUGAAAUUAGUAGGUAACAAAGAAGUUAUUAAGUCUACCAAUGGUACAGAUAAUUCCGAAGAAUUUUUACCUGAGCGAAUCAACGUAAACUACAAAGAAGAGCAAUCUCUAGACCUCGAUGUAUCCGAAUUUGUAGAAGAGAACGGCGAAUUUAAUAAGGCUGGCAUAUCCGAGUUGAAAGGUAUUAUUAUUUCAAAGUUAUCAGGAGCGGAGCUCAAUCAAGAUAAACGACUGAAAGGCGAGAUACCUGACGAGAUCUCAAAAAUUUUGGAAUCCCAGCAGUUAGAUUAUACGAUAAUGUAUAUACCAGAAGAUGUUUCUUUGGAGCAUGUGGAGCAUGUGGAGCAUGUGAAUACCGAUAGUACGUUUUCUUGCGAUGCUGUGAUUAAAUUAGAGAGUAACAAAAAGAUUGUCGAGGCUGACUGUAAUGGGGAACUUUUACGCGAGACGGUGGACAACGAGGAAUUUUUAAAUGUGUCUAAUGAGAAAGCUGCGGGAACGAAGAAGGAGGAUAAUAAAACAAACAGCGACGAGGCAGCUUGGAAAUCUACAAUUCCAGAGGAAAAGUCGAAAGAAAGGGUAAAUGGGAGAAACAAGCAAAAAGUUUCGUCAGAAUCGAGUCAACAACUAGAAGAGAGCGACGAUUCCGAUUCCGAUUAUUUCGUUGACCCCAAAGAUAACAUACUAGGUAGCUUGAACGAUACAAUAACAAGAAUAAAGGAGAUAAAACUCGAAGAUGACGUGAUACAGUAUCAAUGCACUCUAUGUUUGCAAAAUUAUGAUAAAUUAACUGGUGUCUUGUUGCAUACCAUAGACAAUCACGUACCGAGUAGCGGCCCAUUCUUUUGCGUGGUAUGCGAGAAAGACUGCGAGAGUCACAGAGAAUUGCGUGCGCACGUUAAGACGCAUACAGGCCAGUUCCCUUACUCUUGUUUCAUAUGCAACAAAGCGUAUACGAUGAAGAGGUACCUAAAGAGACACAUGGUGUGCCACACAGACUUUCCUAGGCAUCGGUGUCCGAAAUGCGGCCUCAGAUUCAAAAUUAAGUCAGAGCUGGAAACCCACGUCACAACGCAUAUACGCGGUGCGCCUUAUGCUUGUAGUCAAUGUCCACGAUUAUUCAAUCACAAAGGUAAUUAUAAGCGGCAUUUGAUUACUCAUUUGGAUCCGCAAGGUCUUCAUUUACCCAAGUAUCCCUGUAAAGUUUGCGGGAAGAGAUUUUUGAAUAAUCGCACUUUGGAAACACAUAUGCGCGUACACACCGGCGAGAAACCGUUUAAAUGCGAGAUAUGUGAACGAUCGUUCUCGCAACAAGGGAAUUUGCUGAACCAUGUAAGAAUUCACUCGAAUCCGCGUUGUUACACGUGCGAGGUUUGCGGGAAACGAUUCAACCAAAGAGCUACUUUGAGAGAUCAUAGUCUCUUACAUACUGGGGAAAAGCCAUACGUUUGUAAUGUUUGCGGAAUAGCGUUUACAUUUAGCGCCGCGUUGAGACGUCACAUGUGGACUCACACUGGUGGAAAACCAUUUGGAUGUGAAAUCUGUAGUGCUCGUUUCGUUGGAAAAUAUGAUUUGCGACGACAUAUGAGGAUACACACAGAUAGACCAAAGACGAAACGAAGAAAAAACGUAAUUAAGUCGAACAAUGACCAGGAAGAAGUGAAAGAAGAAAAUAUAGAGGAGGAUGUUCCAGUUUCAGAACACCCUGAUACAGAGACCGUUUUGAUAGAACAGGUUUUGUUAACGCAGAACGCAACACAAGUUGCACAACAAGAAUCUGAGAAGGAAAAUGUUGAUGCUCUUUUUAAUCUUAUACAAUAUGGCUAAUAAAGCCUCUUAUUUUUAUCAUACUUAUAUCACAUAAAUAUUAGGUCCAAUUUUCUUAAUUUACACUAACUUUAUCACAAAUAUUAUCUAAAAGAUAUUAAAAGAUACACCUCAAAAUUGUACAU